CCAUCAAAGUUUUGACUGAAUUUAUUCAAGCCAAUGUCCCGUUUACACGGCAAAAAUUGAGGAAAACAGAAAAAUGGCGCGACUCGAAGAGGACAUGUAUAGCUUGCUAGGCUUCCAGACACCUGACUCAAUAUCGAUUAAUAUUCAUCUGUUAAACAUGUAUCAAAUCUACAUUGGUUCUUUAACAUUCGCACAGUUAACAAUUUAUGUUAUCUUGACGUCAUACUGCCACCUAAAAAGAAAUAUAUUCGUUCUUUAAAUUGACACUUGUAGUGCUUUACGAAAACCUGCCGUAAACGGUGAUAUUUCUAGUAAAACCAUAGCAACCACAAGUUGACCUCAUAGGAACCAUAAAAUAUUAAAUGUAACCCUUAAAGACUUUAAUAAAGCUAGAAAUUAACUAAGGUGUGCAUUUCCAAGAGAUAUCAAAAGUGUGAAAACGAUUACAGCCAAAACGAUGAAACUCCAAGAGCAUAAGACUAUGGGACAGUGUUGAGGAUGUGUCCAGCCCAUGGCCAGACACAGCACGUCCCGCUCACAUUGACUCCACAGCUGAAGUUCUCUGUUCUCACGGGACGAUAGAGAGAGACAUACACAAUCGCGGGAAAUGGCGUGUACCGUAGGCGGACAGAUCAUACCGCAGUUAAACGUGGAGGAGGUGGAGGACGGCAGCCCGUCCCGGAGCAUCUCCUCGCGGCGGACCAAAAGCACCUUCUCCCCGUUCAGUUCACGGAAACACCAGAGCAGUCAGCAGAGCAGCCUGCAGAGCAGUCAUGAGGAGGAGUCCACACGGUACUUGAGUCCCAACACCCGCGAGGACAGCACUGCAAGUAACUCGAACCGCAGCACGCCGGCCUGUUCACCCGACCUGCGUAAACGCUCGCGCUCCCCAACGCACCAGAGUCCGGAGGGAGAGAACAUGGUGGAAAAAAGUUCUGAUCAUUCAUCAGACAAGUCCCCCUCCACCCCUGAACAAGCUGUCCACCGCACCUACAGCCAGUCGCUUCACACCACCCGUCCGACGGGCAAGAACUCGAAGAAAAGUCAAAGCUGGUAUAACGUCUUGAGCCCCACGUAUAAGCAGCGGAAUGAAGACUUCAGGAAGCUCUUUAAGCAGCUGCCUGAUACGGAGCGUCUCAUCGUGGACUACUCCUGUGCCCUGCAGAGAGAUAUUCUCCUCCAGGGUCGCCUCUACCUCUCCGAGAACUGGAUCUGUUUCUAUAGCAACAUCUUCCGAUGGGAAACGCUGCUGACCGUAAGGUUGAAAGACGUCUGCUUUAUGACGAAAGAAAAGACGGCCAGACUCAUACCCAAUGCCAUCCAGCUUUGCACAGACAGUGAGAAGCACUUUUUUACCUCAUUUGGGGCAAGAGACCGGACAUACAUGAUGAUGUUCAGACUCUGGCAGAACGCUCUCUUGGACAAGCCAUUAUGUCCCAAAGAGCUGUGGCAUUUUGUCCAUCAGUGUUACGGGAAUGAACUCGGUCUAACCAGUGACGAUGAGGAUUAUGUGCCUCCCGAUGAUGACUUCAACACCAUGGGGUACUGUGAGGAGAUUCCCCCCGAAGACAACGAGGGCAAUGACAACUGCCCCAAAAACUGCCCCCCAGAUGCCACAAUGGACCUCAGCCCGCAGCUCCACAGGAAAGUUUUCCCUAAUAACAGCCUGAAUUCCACGGACAGCAUAGAAGCACCGAUCAAUUUUGAUGUGCCCCCGGUGGAGGAGUACACUGGCUGCGCCCCAGAAGACCUCCUGCCCCUGCCUUUACCUGACAACAGGCUGUCAGAAAUAAGUGUUCCGGCCUCUGUCUCCGCCCCUUCCCCCGCCCCCUCCCUUGACUUCAAUGACAACGAGGACCUGCCCACCGAACUCAGCGACUCUUCUGAAACACAUGACGAGGCAGGUGAAGUGCAGGCCUUCCAGGAGGAUCUGAAUGGGAAGCUGUACAUUAAUGAAGUGUAUAUGUUCAGCGUGGACAAACUCUAUGACAUCCUCUUCACAGAAUCCCAAUUCAUGAGUGACUUCCUGGAGCAGAGACGCUUCUCAGGUGUGGUCUAUCACCCCUGGAGGAAAGAGGAAGCUGGUAAUCAGACCAGAGAGAUCAUGUAUACCAUCUCUCUCUCCAACCCACUGGCCCCAAAGACAGCCACAGUCACAGAGACACAGACUCUGCACAGGUCCAGUCAGGUGAGCGAGUGCUACAUCAUCGACGCUGAGGUGAUCACACACGACGUCCCGUAUCACGAUUACUUUUACACACUCAACCGGUACAUGCUCACCAGGGUCGCCAAGAACAAGUGCCGUUUGAGGGUGUCGGCUGAACUGCGCUUCAGGAAGCACCCAUGGGGACUGGUCAAGGGUUUCAUCGAGAGAAACUUCUGGAGUGGACUGGACGAAUAUUUCAGGUAUUUAGAGCUGGAGUUGAGUAAAGUGCCGCUGCUACUCUCUGAACAUCACGCACAGUCUCCCAAAGCGAAAGCGUUACGCACGGCCACGGCGAGGCGUCGCAAGAGACCCCUGAGACAGCAGCACCUGGACCAGGCGCUCAGCCCCGUCACCACACCUGAGGAAGAGAAGAGCAUCGUCCAUCGCAUUAAACACGUGGCAGAAAUGUUUAUGAAUUGUGUUCUGGCAGGAUCCACGCAAACCAGACACAUGCCGGAUCAGAGAUCUGAAGGUCUGGCUCUUUACAGCGUCUCCAAACUCCUGCUCAUCAUCAGCUCUGUUCUGGUGCUGCUGGUCUUUUUAAACAUCAUGCUGUUUUAUAAACUCUGGAUGCUGGAGUACACCGCUCAAACGCUGACCUCCUGGCACAACCUCAGGUCUCACGAAAGCAAACUUCCACAGACGCAGAUCGAAUGGGCCCUGCUUCUUGAAUCUCAGCAGCGUUACCAUGAGAACGAGCUGGAGAAAUGGAGAGAAAUCAUAAAAUCGUCAGUGAUGUUGUUAGAUGAAAUGAAAGAGUCUCUGAUGAAGCUACAGAAAAGUGUGGGACUGAGAGACUACGAAUCCGAGACUGAAGCCAGGAAGAAUCAUCAUCACUGACGAACGGAUUCCCGGCUCAGCGAACACAAACAACUCUCUUGAAGGACAUUUGUUGAGCUGGGCCGGGUGGUGUGGGCAAGUUAAGUGGGCGGCACACUCACGACUACAGUACCUGGAAGUGCAGUCAAUCUCUUCUGACAGCAGACACCAGAACUACUACGCUGUUACAGCUCUUUCAUCCUCACCUCUUCCUUUUCUGGAAUGUUACAGAAAGAGCCAAAAACAGAAUGGCAUGCCGCGGUGCAAACCUGAUUGUGAAAUCUUAAAGAAGUAUUCCUCACACCCAGGGCUAAAACAAGCCGACUCUGUUGAAUCCUCAUUGCAAACGGACUCGCUGGUUUAAAUACUUGAAAGACUGGAGCUGACGUUCAAAUGAAGCGGCAUCCUUUUUUAAACCUCUUGAAGUCUCGGACCAGGGGAAAGUAGAGUUAUCAAAGUAUUGCUUGGACAUGUAAACCUUUAUUUAUAAAUCUAAAUAUAUAUAUGGAACUGAAUGAUAUAUACGUGAAAUUAUAUGAUUUGUAAGUAGAGUUAUAUUUGUAAGAGGUUUCCAUGGAGAAUCAAGGCUGGUUCCUUGAUAGCUUGCGCCAUGGUGCAUCAGAUAUAUGCAACUGAUACUGUAUUUACUUUCCAGUGUGGAGGAGCGACUUACCCUGAUUGGUUGAUUUGCAACGUGUCAUUGGCUGCAUUACAGUUUGCGUAUUACUUUGCCGGUGAUAGGAAAGUAUAUACUUUAAGACACAAAGCUUGGACAAACCACCUUGUUUUUAAAUUUGUGGUAACAAUUUGAAAAAAAAAACAGUCAACUUCUGUUUCCUGCCGUCUUUAAAUGUAAUUUUUUGAGGAUCUAUCAACAGAAAUGCAAUAUAAUACACAUAACUAUGUGUUCAGAGGUGUAUGAAGACCUUACAUGAUGAAGCAUUAUGUUUUUAUUACCUUAGAGAAUGAGCUAUUUCUAUCUACAUACACCACUGGUCCCCUUACACGUAAUUCGGUGUUUUGUUUCUACAGUAGCCAUAAACGGACAAACAGAGCGUGUUUCGUAAAUACGUUAUCUCCUUUAGGAGCGAAAACGUGACGACAUCUUAGUCCUGUGUCAGCCACCGUAGUGCUUCGAAGCGGAGGGGGAAUGAGCCGUUGUUUGCAAUUCGCAACCUCACCACUAGAUGUCGUUAAAUUUCAUACACUGGACCUUUAAACACACUCUGAUUUGGCAUGCUUACUAUGAUUUGUCAAAUUGCCAUCGCAUACAAUUAAGGGUGGAUGUUUGGCAAAGUGUGAUGCAGCUAUCAUGAGAUUCAAAGUUGUGGUCAAACCAAACCCCUAAUGCAGUGAUGUUUGGGGCGUGUCAGCGGUUAGUGAUGAAACUUUGACAGGUCCUCUCCAGCCAAUUGCAUCUAUUUGUGAAUGAGUUGUUUUAGGUACAUGAUUUUUUUUGUUUUGCCUCAGGAAUUUAUAUCCUGCAGAGAGUUGUUAACAAUUUCAUAUUGCCAAUUUUUUAACGUGUUUUUGUUUCGAAGCCAUUCUAUGACUUUGUCCAUAUUGUAUGUUUGUGUUUUGAAGGCAAAUAUACUACACAUACUGCUAUGAUGUCAUAAGAACAUAUUUGAUGUGGCUUGUUCAGCAACUGAGCUGCACAGCUUGUGUUUUGAUCCUUUCUUAAACAGACCAGCAUUGUUUUGUUUUUUAAGUCUAAACUGUGAAUUAUGUUAUGCUUGAAUUUACAAUAUGAAACUUAUCAGUAUUUAUUUUAAUCUUUUGGAAAUACAGUUCAAUUACCUGAAAAAGAUGGAUUUAUGUGUUGAGGUGCAUCACUGGCUCGAGUAGAGAAAGUACCAUCAGCUGUGAGCUGUGGUGCUUAUGUGAGCGAAUGAGAUUCGAGUCUUCACAUCCUGCCCUCUCUUUAGUAUCUCUAUGCAUAAAGAAUCAAAGAAGCUCAAAACUAAGGAUGUGUUUUUACUGGACUGGAUCUAGUAGUGAAGAUCAAUUUUAGUCUAAUAAUGGUUGUAUGCUUAACCCAUCUGAUAAUAUUUCCAUUUAUAUUUUUCCAUUUUAAAAGCAAAUGUCUGUAUGCGUUUGUAGCCCAGUGUAUGAGUGAUGAAGAUUCUGGGCUUUAGUUUUCUUUAUUCUGUUAGAAAGUCUUAGCCACAGCAUUUUUUAUUUCUUAAACAGCACCAAUGUGCAGCAGUAGAUGUGCAUUGUGUUUAUUUAUAGUCUUCAUUUAAGCGUGCUGAUUGCUGAAGCAAUGAAGAUUUACAUGACUCUUUUCAAUGCGUAAUGCUGAAGGCCAGCGCAAUAGUGCCACAUUGUACGCUGUCAGGCGCUUAAAGGUCCAGUGUGUAAUAAUUUGGAGGAUCUAGUGACAGAAAUGCAAUAUAAUACACAUAACUACAUCUUUAGAGGUCAGACCUAUCGUAAUGAAGCGUUAUGUUUUUAUCACCUUAGAGAAUGAGCUAUUUCUAUCUGCAUACAUUGCGGGUCCCCUUACACGCAAUUCUCCAUUUUGUUUCUACAGUAGCCCUGAAUGGACAUACCUCUCUACAGAGCACGUUUCAAAAGUACGUUAUCUCAUUCUAGAAAAAAGCGAAAACGUGACGACAUCUUCUGGAGUGCUUCUUAAGGAGUGAGCUAUUCGUUGCAAUUCGUAACCUCACACCUAGAUGCCGCUAAAUUACAUAACUGGACCUUUAAACAAUGGUUGAUGGCUGUGACUGUUAAAGUCCAGACUAGUGUGAAAUGAUUUAUCUCAUUUUAGUUUGUAAAUGAUUUUUGCCGAAAAAACAGGAACAAGUGAAGUAAUGGGCGUGAUGUAGAAACCCACUGGAUUGUUUUUAACGUUUUUUACAUUCACUAAAACGAAAAUGUUCUUUCAACCCAUGAACUUCAUCAACAUAAAUAGUAAUAAACUGUAGAAGUGUUUUCUUUACAAGAAUGAGUUUUAAAAUGCUUUUAUCGUGACUUUACAAAAUGUAUAUACACAGAAGUAUACUGCAUUGUAUGUAUAUGUCGUGUACAGUGCACUUCCUACAUGCGCUGGGCGCACUGACAAAACAUUCAGAAAAUAAUAUACCCAACCAGUGUGUUGUUAAGAAAUAGGCGGAAUGAAUAAAAUUAUUUAAGAUAUUUUUCUCAUGA